AUGGCGCCUCUAGGGUGUAAGGAUAUCAGUCUUCAAAUCUUGCCGCUUGCACCUAGUAAGAUGGCUGAAGGUCAGGAUGUGCUCAUAGACAGCCCUAUGGGCUCUGAUGGGUCUGGAACAAGGGCAAAGCUCAGCAUGGUUGGACACUUCCACUUUCCGGAAGUUGCGGGAUCUGAAAGCCCACAGCUGCCACUGACAGGGAAACAUAUGUGCAGCAGUGUUGUGCAUAUUUGGUCUAACGAGUGGCGGCCAAGUCUGCCUAGGUGGACACGCAUCCCCAAGUUACAAGGGGGGCUCAUGAACGGGCAGCCCUCCUUCCCUGCUGAACAUACAGCGCCCUCUCAUAAGUGGGCUUGCGGGCGUGAGCCACCGCACCGACCAAAAUUUGUUUGGAAAAUGGUAGAUUUGGAGGGAAACGCACUGACACGGGCGCCAACAAUCCGCCCAUGA